CAAAGGCAUCACUUCCGGGAAUUCCUGGAGCACAAACGAGGCUUGUUCAGUGGCAGAGGACUCGGAGUCGGUCCUGGGAGAGUUUUGAGCGCUGCCUGUAUCGUGUUUACCAGAUUAAUCGUUCAGUAGUUUUCUGAGAUGUGGAUUUCCGGGUUGUCUUGCGUGUAAUCGAGGCUGGUGGUGACGUCAUCAACCUGCGUCGCUUCUAUGAACCGUGAAAGCGUGAUAUAAAACUUGCUCAUCCUGGAUUCCUGUCAUCAUGGCCAAGUAUCAACGGGUUGCACUGUAAAUCUUCAUUAACCCACCGCAGAGAUCAUUUCAGGCAAUGGGAGCAGACAGUGAUGCAGGUGCUACUCCAGCUGUGCCGUGGCGUAAAGUGCUGUAUGAGCGCCAGCCGUUUCCUGACAACUACGUGGACCGCCGCUUCCUAGAAGAGCUUCGACGCAACAUCAGAGUGCAUCAGUACAGCUACUGGGCGGUGGUUCGAGAAGCCGGGCUCGUCUCUCAGCAGCUCUCGUGUGUGGCGCUGUUCCUCACGCUGUGGUCCUAUAUGGAGCAGGGAAAUGUGGGUCCUUCGACGCUGCUUUGGACUGGCCUGGGAUGCUCGGUUCUAGGCUAUAUGCUCUACGAGGCUUUGGGAGGAGGAACCAGCCGAGAACGAACGCGCUGUGCCGACCUGCAGAGCGCUGCCGUGUUCAUGGCCUUCACCUUUGGUUUCUCACCAGUGCUCAAGACGCUGACCGAGUCUGUGAGCACGGAUACGGUGUACGCCAUGUCCGCUGGCAUGCUCAUGGCACACCUGGUGUCUUUCCCCUACACACAGCCGAGCCUGCCGGGCAGCCUUUCACUCAACGCAGCGCUCUUUGCCUCGGUUUGCUUGGCAUCACGCCUCACCGGGACCCUGCACACUUUCGCCAUGCUGAGCUGCGCCCUGCUCAUCUUUGCACUCUGGCCGUGUCUUCUGCAGCGACUGAGGCAGGCGGCUGAGUGGACUUUCCCCUGGGCAGCCGGGAUAGUGUGUGCGUGUGGAGUUGUAAGUGUCGGCACUUUGUGGCCUGCUGGAGCUCUUCUUCUCUGUCUUGCUCUAGUAGUACUAACGCUGGUGUGUCCGCUGCUGCUGGUGCAUCUACAGAGACACAAAGACAACAUCCACGGACCGUGGGACGAGGCUGAGAUCAGAGAGGACCUGUCCCGCUUUCUGAGUUGAUAUGAAUGUGGAUGUCACUGGAUGGCCUUUGUUUAGCCUCUACACAUGUUAAACAUCUGCCAUAAAUAUGUCUUUAAAAGUGUACACUGCCUAUUUUGGGUGCAGAUGCAAAAAGGGCUGCUCAUGUCGCAUGUUUGGCACAUUUACAUUAAAUCUCAGGGAAAGCACUACUUUAGGACUGGACUGCUCGUUUUAUGAAACAACUAGAGCGGCGGCUACAAUUAUCGACAGUCCAUAGUUAUCGACACCUUUUCAGAUUUACCAAUAAAAAAAAACAACAAUUUUACAAAGGUGAGUUUCGGUUACAACAGUUAUUCUUGGUUAAUCAAUCAACCGGAAGAUCCUCCUCGCUCUUUGAUCUGGUCAUCUGAUGACACAGCUCGUUACCUGAGCUGGAAUUUUAAAUUUUUUUUAGCGUGAUCAGCAAUUUGAGGAAAAUCCAGACGUUAUCACAGAUAAGCAUGGUGGAAAGAUCAUGGACAUGUUUUUACUUAUCAAAUUCACCGAUAUUUCAUGAUAUCCUUGUCGAAACCUACUUUGUUUCUGACUCUUUCAGUUGACAAUUGCCAUUUUGUAUCUAAACGCGCGUUUGAGAAGUCAAGUGAGGUGUCGAUAAUAGUGAUCACUUUCACUGGUGUCCAUCAUUAUCGACACCCUGUGGAAUUAAGUGACAUUUACAACUGUUAUGGAUCGAUCUUUGUGUAACAUUAUUGAAGUAGAUGAAGUACUUUUAAAAAAAUAAAAGUGCUGUGAUUUUUAAUAAUUUAUUUUCUGAUUCAUAACAGAAUGGAAUGCUUAGAGUAUUUGCAAUAAAUAGAAUUAGACCAGAAUUAUAUUCCUAGCAUAUUAAAAAAAAAUUAAAUGCUUGAAAUAUUCAGAUUUUUCCGUUCCAUUCAGAAAAUAUUUUUUGCAGUUUGUUGUAAAUAUCUACCACAUAUUACAAUAUCAGUAGACAUUUUAUAUUUUUAGAUGUAAAUUUAAAAUCUCAAUUUAAAAAAAUCAACAUCUCAUCUCAUCUCAUUAUCUCUAGCCGCUUUAUCCUUCUACAGGGUCGCAGGCAAGCUGGAGCCUAUCCCAGCUGACUACGGGCGAAA